GAUAUCUCUAACGACAUCUGUUAAAAACAGCAGAUCUAAAGAUUUGAUAUAUCGCUUACUUGUGGCUAGUCUGUAGUCACGAUGGCUUCAAAUACUUCGCUAUACAUUAGGCGCGACGUCCAUGAAUAUGUGCUUAAGAAUCCUAAUAGCUCCGGAAAUGAGCUUAAUAAAUUUCCCGACUCGAUGUUUCAACCAACUUCAAAUUUACCCGAAUAUGACAACACCGAAGAUCUCCCCAAGAGUCCCGACUCCAAGGUUUCUACAGAUUCUCUCUGGAAGGAAGCAAAGGAUCUAUUCUACGGAGAUCUUGGAAUACCAGCGGAAGAUAUUAGGGAUGACACUGCGACAAUUGAGAACACUAUAAGUGUACUCAAAAUUACGAGAGAGAAGGUUGACAAGGAGUAUGGUAACCAUGAACUUUUUCUCGGGGUUAAUCUCAAGCUGGGGAGUAUCCUGAAGAGAUUAGAAUUGAUCUCGCAAGUUGGAGAUGCAGCUGUAAAGUUUGCCCCAGAGACUAUAUCACUCGCCUGGGCUGGAUUCCGAUUUAUUUUCAUGGGGUUUGUCGAGGAUCACAAAGCAUGUGAGUUCCUUGUGGAUGCAGUAGAUAGCAUGUCUACUGUAAUUCUUACAUGCCAAAUUUAUGCACAACGCUUUUUAAAGAUUCCAAGUUCAAAAUUGAACAAAUCUGAUUCUGAUCUUCGGGAGGAAAUCAAACAAGCAAUCAUCGAGCUUUACAAGAUUGUACUAAAGCUCUCUUAUCAAGCCAAGAAAUAUUCCGAACGGAGUCUAGGUAAAAUAGGGCGGGUCUUCUGGAGGCUGCUUGGCGACGAUACCGAUUUCACUAGCACAAUGAAGUUAGGAAAAGAAAAGCUACAGGAUCUUUUGGGGUUAGCGGGUAUUGCUUUCCAAGAAGUGGCUUUUCGGGUACUUGAUGAUCUAGUCAUCGGCACUGCUAAACACCUGCAGAUUCUCGAAAACAUUUCUGUUAAAACGGAUCAACUAGACAACAUCAUCUUUAGAAAGAAUGGGUAUGAUCUCGAAAAGGGCCUCGAAAAGCAAUUGGUGUGGCUUAGGUCCGGAACAAUAGCUGCUGCAGAAUAUCCGGGUAGACUUCAUGAAGCCAACAAAGCAGCAUGCUGCAAAAAAGCUUGCAAAUGGGUUAUUAACGAAGCCAACUUCAAGGAAUGGUCGCAGUGUAAGGAAGAAAACAAGCUAUUAUGGGUGAAGGGCGGGAGUGGUGUUGGAAAGAGUUUUCUGGUUUCGAUGAUCAUUGAACACCUGGAGGAACACAAUCCAGAAAACGAAAUCCAGCCGUUAGUGCUUUACUUUUUCUGCAAAACUGGAGACGAUACGACUCAACGUGGCAAUAAAAUAAUGCUGCAUUUGAUAUCCCAACUUUUGAUCAUAGUUCUCAGAAAUUUCAAUAAGGAAAUUCCGAAUUCUGUCUUUGAUGGUAACAAGCUGACAUCUAGUGAUUUUGGGCGGCAAGAACUGGAUUCAUGCAUUGAUAUAUUCAAUAGGGCAAGAUCAAAGAUAAAAAACAAUGCUGCCAAGGACGAUUCCUCGCUCCUGGAAAUUAAUUCUAUACUACAGCCAGUGUUAAAGAGCUUGGUGGUGGCUUUGAAGAGGAGAUUUGUCAUAGUACUAGAUGCCCUGGAUGAGUGUCUUGACUAUGAUAAAGGCCUAUUAUCCGCAAUGAUAGCCCUGGCUCGUAGCUCAAUUAUGAACGUUUUAAUAGCGAGCCGUCCAACAGCGAUCAUUUCCAAAGCAUUGGAGAAUUAUGCAUUGUUAAUUGACCUCGACAAACAAGAGUCUGCUGCUAAGAAUAUACAGGCGUAUGUGAACUAUUUCUUGCGCCGGGAAAAUAUUUUUAAGGAUGGAUCAGAUGAGCGAAAGAAAGCGAGUGAAAGUAUUAAGAGGAAAGCUAAUGGUAGCUUUAGAUAUGCAAAUUUGAUUCUCGAGGAACUAAAAUCGACGCCUGGUGUCGAAAAGCGGCGGAAGUUGAUUGUAUCCAGCCUCCCAAAUGGGUUAAAGGACUACUACCGAAAAGCUUUGAAAAACCUAGAAUCGGAACAUCGUCAAAUAAUUAUGAUAGCUCUUCGUUGGCUCGUGUGUGCGCAAAGUAAGGUGUAUGUCAACUUUAUUGCGGAAGAGUACGAUCAAAAGUGGAAAGUAAAUCGAGAGGAUGAUGGAUUCGAUAAACUUUCAAUUGGCAGCGACACUACGAGCUCAUUGUCUGAGGGUCAACCCAAUCGAGCAGAAAGUAUGGCAGUAUCCAUAUUUGAGCUUCACACAAUGGCUGAGCAGCAAGUGAUUGAUCUUUUAAGAAGCGCUGGAAGAAAAUUCCUUCAAUUUGGAAAUGCUAAUAAUAGCAUCGAGCUUGAUCACAACUCAGUACGUGACUAUGUUUACGAAGAUGAAGAGAUGCGUGACACGACUACUCUCUGUGAGGAGUGUAGAAAGAAAAAUAACGACUCGUUGGCUUUCGAAGCUGGUGGUAAAUACGGAAAUUUACUCAUGAUCGAGAACAUCAUGAAAACUUUAAACUCCGAGUCAUUUCAAAAGAAAUUCAUAUGGAUAGCGGGUGUGGAUGAUGGCAAAGAUGUAAUAAGACCAUCUAGCGAGUACGGCAUAGAUGACAUGGAAGAGCUAGACCCAGAGUUGUAUUGUGACGUGGAAAAGGAUGUCUCAGGGUAUGAUAUGGAAAAGCAUGAAGUUAAUCAGGAGGUUGUUUUGAACGAUGCAGAACACAAAAAGCAACCAUUCCAGCAUACCUAUAUACCAGAAGAAUUAGAAGAGAGAUACGAGGUCAAUAAUUGGGCAGGGCAUCUUAGAGCUGCAGAAAAAGCCUGGCCAGAAGAGCAACGACUUCAAGAGAAGUUUAGAUGGAUUCAGCUGUACGAUGACGUUGAAAAAUUCUUGAACCCCAAUAGUCGAACAUUCAAAAGCUGGGUUAAAAGAACAUCUCCUUGGCAAUCAAUGAAUCCUAUCAAUCCUUUACAUGUGGCCGCAUACUAUGGCUUGGUUGGAUUAAUUAAGCGACAUGCUAAAGAGAAAUAUGCCAACACGCGGGAUGGGGGUGGUUUGAGUGCACUGCAUCUAGCAUGCUACGGUGUUGGGGAGUUUCUUGGAAUAGAGCUUCUCUUGCCAGAUGAAAAGAACAUUAACCGACGGGCUGGAAUACAUCAAGAAAGUCCCCUUGAACUCGCUAUAAGAUGUAAAGCAGACAGAGAGCUUUCAAGAAAGCUCAUAGAUGCAGGUGCAGACCCUUCAGGGUCUGAUUCUUUGGGAAGAACUUGCCUUCAUCAUGCAGCAGCAAAUGGUGAUAUUGAAGUCGUCAAAAUUUUAUUGGAUAAUAGUGCAAAUGUCAAUGCGAAAGAUGAGGAAGGUGAAACACCUCUGCACUGGGCAUGCAAGCAACAGAAAACACCACCGGAGCUAAUUGAGCUAUUGUUGUCCUGGGGCGCCGAUGUAGACGUACAAGACAAUAAUAGGCAAACACCACUAUACGAAGCCUGUCUCUCUGGAAAUUUUGAGGCCGCAGAAAAAUUGCUCAACAAUUCUGCAAUUGUCAAUUGCAUCGACAAUUUCAGGCACACCGCUCUCUUUGCAGCGUUAGGGUGGUGCCAGACUGCCACCAGGAGUAACAUGAAACUUGCCGAACUCCUUGUUAGUCAUGGGGCCGAUCUCUCAAUCACAGAUGGCAGAUCACAAGAUACAGUCGCGCGAGCUGUUGCUCUGAAUGACAUCAAAAUUCUCGAAUUUCUCUUGAAGUGCUGGAAGAAAAAGGACCCAGAAGGAAAGUUUCUUUUGAACCGUGAUUUCAAUAGUCUGGCACCACUUCAUCGUGCUGCCGCAGAAGGCCGAGAUGACGCUGUCAAAAUGUUACUCGGUUUUGGAAAUGGAGAAGUUUCAACACUUUGCAGACAGCCCGGUAUCUUUGACUCCACAGCUCUUCACCUUGCUGUAAAAAAUGGACAUAAAGGGAUUGUUAAAGCCUUUUUUGAUGCUAGCGAUCCUUUAAUAUCUCUUGAGACUGACGAAUGUGGCGCUACGCCGAUGCACUGGGCUGUCAGCAGAAGAGACAUUGAAAUUGUUAAGAUCCUUCUUGAUAAAGGUGAUAUUUCAGCACUCUAUAUGCACGACAAAGCAGGUGCGACACCGUUGCAUUGCGCUAUAAAUAAAAGCAACGUUGAGGCUACCAAAAUUCUUCUGGCUAGGGGUAAUAUUUACUUAAUGUGCCUUGCGGUUGACAAGAAUGGUGCCACGCCCAUGCAUUGUGCUGUCACUAUGGGUGGCGUUGAAACUCUCAGAGUCCUUCUGGAUGACGGUGGUACUUCAGCAAUCGACAAGUGCGAUGAUAAGGGCGCUACACCUCUACAUAUUGCAGCUCGGGAAGGAAACACAGGUGCUGCGGAACUGUUGUGCAGUCGAGGAGCAGACCUCACCUUAGAGGACAAGCAUAAUAGAACGCCUUUAGAAUGGAUGUUUGUAGCAUGGAAAUGUACUCACCCAGACGAUGUUACUCAUAGAGAUGAGAUUGAGAGCGCAAUGAAGCUCCUUAUGUCAAAAAUUCUCGCUUCAAUGUCUCCCACGAUUGACAUAAAAAAGCAGCAGCUAGAUCUUAUCCACUUCGUGAUGGAGAAAGGUAACGUCAAUAUUCGUCGUGCCAUUAACAAAGACCUAGUAAAUGAAAAAGAUUCACAUGGCUGGACCUCAUUAUUACUCGCAUUUCAGCUUCAACGACGCGAUAUAAUUGAUUUUCCAUUGCAGUAUGAUACGCAAAACAUACUCGGCACAUUUAGCCAGGAAAUAGACUCGCAGUCAUUGGGUUAUCCUCCGACAAAAUGGAGCCCAACUUGCAAAAAUUCGAGAAUCACGAUUACUGAAGAUGGUCUAGAAGCAUCUUUGGAGAGCAGUGACGAUUUGGGUUUCCACGGUCCUGUACGAGCGAACCAUCCAAUCCCAGCUGGCAGAAAGAAGUACUAUUUUGAGGUCACUGUGCUUGAAAUCUUUGGGAAGAAUCAAAGUUUUAGACUUGGGGUUGCCCCCAGGGGGACCCGUUGGUUUGAUGAGGUUUGGAGCUGGGAAACUGGAGUGACAUCAUCUUCGUACGAUUUAGAUACCGCGUUGUGUGAUGAGAUGCAGCAAUAUCAAACCAGGGAUGUGAUAGGAUGUGGAAUUGACUUUAAAGAAAAGAAGAUCUUCUACACCAAGAACGGGAAGCUGCUAAGCAACAAAACCAAAUUUAUAGACGUGGCUAGACGCUUAUUCCCAUGCAUCCAAAUUGGGGGUAAGAAAAUAAAUACACGCGUCAAUUUUAAGCAGGAGUUAUUCAUGUAUCAAGGCUGGCCGUUUGAUUUUACAGAAGAUAGCAGCGAGAACGAAGAAGAAGAUCCAACGUCUGGACGUCCAACUGAAGACAGCUUGGAAGCGCAAAUAGUGACCGAAUUUCUAGUUGAGGGUAAUAUUAUUGAAACGCAGGCGGAUGAUAAGAAAGAGGGGCAGAUAAUGGCUAUAAUCCAACAACGGGAUAAACAGGAGAAGUUGACUAUUGAUCUCCAGGUAGAAGAUAGGCAGGAACAAGCACUCAUUGGGCCAGCACCCGUUCACCAAGAGGAUUGCGGUGUCAUUGACAAGCUCCAAAACAAUCACCAAGAGAAGCAGAAAGGGCUAAAUAGCGGCAUAGGCGGGAUCGAUCCCGCUGUAGACAACGUCGAGACUAUUGAGCCACCGGUGACACCUCAGGCCCCCCAGAAGCGGGAGAAACUCUUUCGCGUGCUUCGAAAGUUGGGAUGCUGAUUUUGAUUGUGAUAUUGCUUUGAAAACACAUGUAAGACACCUUACUAGUACUCUAGUGCUAGUUACACUUCCUUAUAUAGCUAAGAAAACACGAAUCUUCACAGGUUUGUGAUGGUGGGGGGUGUUGUGAUAAAACAAGCAGCCAAUCAUUUGCCAGAACAUACAGAAAAUUGCUAGCCUUGGUAUAUGUAGGUAUUUAAUGCCCAGCCAAGUUUAGAUCAAUGCAAAUCAAAUAGUGAAAUAUAUCCAGAAGAAAUUUCGGUCUAGAUCUGCCGAGACACCGACUUUCAUCACUAACAUCAACCCAACAUGCGCCUGCUGCACCCUGCUGCACUGUGCCACACAAAUAAAUAUUGCGAUAAUGCAUUUGUACCA